AUGACCAUUGCUUCUUCGGAGGAUGAAAGGGAGGACAACGAACCUGCACAAAAUGAAGACAAUCAAGGGUUUGAAGAGGAGGAGCAGGAACCAUUGGGCCAAGAGAAGCGUGUGAGAAAAAGGCUUAACCAGCUGCACAGCAACAAGACCCUUGUGCCGUCAGACCAGCAGAUGCAGCAGGAUUUUGUAAGCCCAGAAACAGCAAAGAUUUUGACAACUCACUCAACAAAAACUGUGUGUGACCGAGUCAAUAUGGUGAAUAAGAUGAUUUUCCACCAGUCAUCUUUCUUUGAAGUCAUCAUGCCAAUAUCUGGUGACAACAUUAAAGACCAGGCUGGAUCCACAGUUGGACAGAUGAUUCCCUCAGGAUCCAUGGGGGAAACUGUGUCCAAAGAGUGGCUGUUGGAGAAUGAAGUCUCAGUGGGAGACACAACAUUGCACAAGAGCCUGCCUGAAGAAAGACCGGGAGAUUAUGAAGGACAAGAAAAAGAAGGUGAAGUGGAUGAGGGCUAUUUGGAGAUGUCAAAGAUUGAAGGUGAAGACAGAAAUAAGACAGAAGAUAAGCUAAAAGAAGGACAAAAGACAGAGAAAGAGACACAGGAAGAGACUUUGGAGAAGAUGGACAGUGAUGGUGAAGAAGGACAAAAGGCAGAGGAAAAGAUCCACAGUGAUGGUGGAGAAGGACAAAAGACAAAGGAAAAGAUUCAGGAAGAGACCUUGGAGAAGAUGGAGAGUAAGAGUGAAAAGGGAAAGAAGAGAGAAACAAAGAUUCAAGAGAAGACUUUGGAGAACAUGGAGGGUAAGAGUGAAAGAGGAAAGAAGAGAGAAACAAAGAUUCAAGAGAAGACUUUGGAGAACAUGGAGGAUAAGAGUGAAAAGGGAAAGAAGAGAGAAACAAAGAUUCAAGAGAAGACUUUGGAGAACAUGGAGGGUAAGAGUGAAAGAGGAAAGAAGAGAGAAACAAAGAUUCAAGAGAAGACUUUGGAGAACAUGGAGGGUAAGAGUGAAAAGAGAAAGAAGAGACAAACAAAGAUUCAAGAGAAGACUUUGGAGAAGAUGGAAAGUAAGAGUGAAAAGGGAAAGAAGAGAGAAACAAAGAUUCAAGAUGAGCCUGUGGUGAUGACGAGGAGUAAAGUUAAAGAAGUGCAAAAGAGAAAGAUAAAAGAGGAGCAUCUGGAGAAGAGUGAGAGGGAAAGUGGAGAAGGAUCAAGUGGAGCAGCACAAACCUGGAAGAUGCCUUUGAAGAGAAGGAAAUUUCAAGAAUGA